AUGUCUGCUAACAUUAUGUCUCGUACUCCCUCUACCGCGACGCCGGUAUGGAACCAGUUCGAGCGCAAGGUUGACGAGGUCAAGACAACCAAGACUGAUAUCAAUCAUCUGGUUAUGGACUACCUCAUCACCAACGGAUACCCCGGUGCCGCAAAGAGAUUUGCAGCGGAAGCCAACAUCCAACUCAAGACGGAUCUGGAAUCGAUUCACGAACGGGUUGAGAUACGGAGUGCCAUUUAUUCGGGCGAUAUCAAGUUGGCGAUCGAGAAGCUUAAUGAGCUGAACCCAGAGUGCAAGGCUAACGAGAUAAACCAGAUAUUGGACCAGAACCAAUCCUUGCACUUCGCGCUGCUGCGUCUGCAGCUGAUCGAGCUCAUUCGUACGUGCACCUCGGUUCCCAAUGGCGAUAUCAAGCCAGCCUUGGAGUUCGCGACACUGCAACUCGCCCCGCGAGCCCCUACCAACCCACAGUUCCUCGAGGACAUGGAGCGAACCCUCUCGCUUCUGAUUUUCCCCAAGGACCAACUGGUCCCCGGCCUAGCCACCCUCCUAGACCCAGGCCUCCGUAAAGAAAUCGCUGCUCGUGUGAACGAAGCUAUCCUGGAGCACCAGGGCGCCCGUAAAGAGGCGCGACUCCGACACUUGGUGAAGACUCGGGCCUUUGCCGAGAACAAGGCCCGCGAGGCCAAGAAGGAUAUUCCUGAUAAACUGGACAUCGGCCUGCUCAGCGAAACUCACGACAGCACCCAUUCCCGUAACAAUAACCACGUCAACGGAUCCACCAACGGAAACGGCGACAUAGUCAUGACCAACAACGGCGAUGUCGACUCCAUGAUGUCUUGA